CCUGCCCAAGUGUUGUGAUUGCAGUCUGAGUUGAGAACGCGCGUCUGCCUGUGGUUCGGCGCGCUCUUUCGCUGCUGUUUAUAGCGCUCUGGGAAUACUAAUCUCAUUUUUGAGGGGACAAACAACGAAUAAGCUUUCUAUUCUUCGAGGCGACUUUUUCGCUUCUGCGACAGCGUCAUCUGUGCAAGAAGGAGCUGAAUAUUUCCCAGCAGUGAAAAGAGGCGAGGAAAUAAUAUAGUUGGUGACAUUUCCUGGCUCCUGACCUUUCUCCAUCCUUUGGUAACUCUUCCUCUCCUGCUCGGUGGAUCACAGCAGCCCAUCUGUUGGUAAAUGGUAGACUGCUGACCGUGGUGAAGGAAAACCGUUGAAGAGGUGGAGCCUUUUCCGGUUCACCCCUUUUGAGGCCGCCUAAGUGGACGUUUGUGGGGAGGAGCUUCGGACCAGACGACGCCAUUGGACGUUGCAGCCGUCUAUCACAACCGAGUGGGGGCUGUUCUGCUGUGGGCCAUGUGUUCCUGGUGAGUUCCCAGCACGCCGUCCUCCUCCCCGCCAUCAUGAGGCAGCAGCGUGCCGCGACCCCCUCCCUCCUGACCGCCGCCCUGGCGCUCACCUUCGCCCUCGCCGUCUCACCCCGGCUCACCUGCGGAGCCACGCCCUUCCCUCAAGACCUGGAGCCAAUCAGCAUCGUCGGGCGGGAGAGUUCCUACCUGUACCCCAGCUUCCAGGGCCUCAUGUCGGACAACGACACCGUGCGCCUAGGGCUGGACUUCCAGAGGAUGCUGAGGAUCAACCACAUGCUCUACAUCGCUGCCAGGGACCACGUGUUUGCCAUAAAUCUGCCCGCCUCCUCUGAGCGGAUCGUCCCCAUGCAGGUAAAGCUCACUUGGAAGACCAAGGAUGUGGAGAAGUGCACGGUGCGGGGGAAGAACAGCGACGAAUGCUACAACUACAUCAAAGUCCUGGUCCCACGCAACGACGAGACGCUGUUCGCCUGCGGUACCAACGCCUUCAACCCCGCCUGCCGAAACUACAAGAUGGCCACGCUGGAGCAGGACGGGGAGGAGAUGCCUGGGCGCCAGGCGCGCUGCCCUUCGAGUCCGCCAGUCAAACGUGGGCCUGGUUCGCUGGUAGGCGGCGACUUCUACUCGCGCACCAUGACGGACUUCCUGGCAAGCGACGCGGUGAUCUAUCGCAGUCUGGGGGAGAGCAGGCCCGUCCUGCGAACCGUCAAGUACGACUCCAAGUGGCUGAGAGAGCCCCACUUCCUACACGCCAUCGAGUACGGGAACUACGUGUACUUCUUCUUCAGCGAGAUCGCGGUGGAGUACACCACCCUGGGAAAGGUGGUGUUCUCACGCGUCGCCCGGGUCUGCAAGAACGACAACGGCGGGUCCCCGCGCGUGCUGGAGCGCUACUGGACCUCCUUCCUGAAGGCGCGGCUCAACUGCUCCGUGCCGGGGGACUCCUUCUUCUACUUCGACGUGCUGCAGUCUCUCACCAACGUGCUGCAGAUCAACCACCGGCCCGCCGUGCUCGGGGUCUUCACCACCCAGGCCAACAGCAUCACAGGCUCAGCGGUGUGUGCCUUCUACAUGGACGACAUUGAAAAGGCUUUUAACGGCAAAUUCAAAGAGCAGCGCAACAGCGAGUCGGCCUGGAGCCCCGUGCCCGAGGAGCAGGUCCCCAAACCAAGGCCGGGCUGCUGUGCGGCCGACGGCUCCGCCUCCACCUACAAGUCGUCCACCACCUUCCCGGACGAGACGCUGACCUUCAUCAAGUCCUACCCGCUGAUGGACGAGGCCGUGCCCUCGGUCAACGACCAGCCCUACUUCACGCGCACCACCAGCAGGUUCAAGCUGACCCAGAUCACGGUGGACACCUCGGCCGGGCCCUACAAGAACCACACGGUGGUGUACCUGGGUUCGGAGAACGGGCGGCUGCUGAAGAUCCUGGCCAGCACCCAGGGCUCCAACGCCUCCUUCAGCACCGCCCUGCUGGAGGACAUCGACGUCUACAACCCAGAGAGGUGUAACGUGCGUGGGGAGGACCGGAGGGUACUGGGCCUGGAGUUGGACCGGGACAACCACGCCAUGUUUGUGGCGUUCUCCAGCUGUGUCAUCCGCGUGCCGCUCAGCCGCUGCUCAGAGUACAGCACCUGCAAGACGAGCUGUCUCUCCUCCCGAGACCCCUACUGUGUGUGGCUGAGGUCGGACAGCUGCGCCACCGUCUCCCCUGGAAUCAAGGGCGGAUUUGAACAGGACGUGGAAAACAGCCAGCCGCAGUAUCCUGAGAACUGCCACGAUGUCCUGGCGACGACACGCAAGCAGAACACGGUGGCGGCGGACUCGGCGUACGGGAAGACCACACCCGCAACCGCCAGCACAACCAAUGGCGGGCCUGCACUGCCAAAGGAGGCAGGUGACCCCGAAAGAGGCACAGGUCCCGAUGGCCCUGCCCUCGUAGGGCAACAGGGGUCACCUGACUCGGAGCCAAUCAGUGUGGAGAUGGAGGGAGUGCGGCGGCCCCCAGAUGUGGAUAAGUCCAACCACAGCGUCCACUACACCCUCCUCAUCGCCUGUGUGCUGGUGGCCUUCGUCCUGGGCGCCUUUCUCUCCGGCUUCCUGGUCUCCUGCUACUGCAACCACACGGGCCACAAGACAAAGAGGCUGGCCAAGGAUCCAGAGGCUCCCAUCCCCCACGCCCUGUCCCUCCGCAGCCUGGCCAAGCUCAACGGCCUGCUGGAUGGCCAGAACAAGGACGACAAGCUGGAGGUGUCCUCGCCCAAGAUCUACAACUCCUUCUUCUCCAAUAGCAAGGAGCACCACCAUCCCCGGAGGAGCGGGCACCACGGGGUCACCAUGGGCGACCUGGUGCACCCCCACCACCUGCACCACUCCUCGGAGCUGUCCGGCCUGCCCACGCCCGAAUCCACGCCCGAGCUGCCAAUCAAGAGCAUGAAGGCCUUCAAGAACCAGUGGGAGCGGAACCAGAACUGCAACAACGCAAAGGAGCCCAAGUCGCACAACAUGAGCUCCAGGCCCAGCUCCGCCCUGCUGCACCAGGCCAGCUACCCUUACUCCCAUGGCCUGUCCAACGGGCAGGCACUGAUGUGCGGACCCCUGCAUCCGGAAGACCGCAAGAUUCCUAAUGUGGACCGCAUUCUUUCCCAGCACCCCUACCCUUGCUAUCCACAGAAGGUCAUGGAAGUCACCUCCCUGGACGAGUUGCUGAAGCACAUCCACGAGGCCAGCAGCAGCAGCAAGAACGCCCAGCUCAUGAGCCCCUCCGGCCUGAUGGCCAGCGGCGGCUUCGGCAGCAGCCAGCUGGCAGUGGCCACGCGCAUCCAGCCCCAGAUCCCGGAGACGGAGUCAGCGCCCUACUACAGCUCCUCCACGUUACCCCGGGACAGCCUCACCCGUCGCAUGGACGUCCCGCCGGACAUUCACUCGCACCACCAGUCCACACUGGAGCGGAGGCACUCCUCCCAGAGGCACUCGCUCCUCGCCGCCGCCGCCAAGAUGUCCAACGGAGGAGCAGGAGGUGGAGCAGGAGGAGGAGGAGGAGGUGCAGGAGGAGGCGGAGGCAUGAUCCCGCGGCAGCACAGCUUCGGGCAGCGGAACGGCGGGCCGCACCAGCCCCCCCCCCUCCUGGCCCGGAUGAACUCCACCGGGAGCGCGUGCGAGGUGCACUACCCCGUCAUCCCCAACGGGUACCUGGCGCGGCAGCUCAGCUACAGCGGCGAGCAGCAGGAGGUAAUGCACCGGGGGGCCAUCGUGCGCCGGACCACCUCCCUCAAGCCCGACGUCCCGCCCAAGCCCCUGUUCAUACCGGCCACCUCUCCGGUCAACCAGCAGGGAAAGUUCAACUACUGAGCUCCACGGAGGCGGACUUCUAAGACUAUGGAGAAAGAUUGUCCCUCCUGAAUGUUCCCUUAGAAAACGGUUGAAAUACAGACUGCUAUAGAGAGAGGAUUGGACGCGUGGCAGCCGUUUGCUAUGUGGACAAGAAACCAAAUUUGCUUUUUUUUCCUCUUCUCUUUUGUCCAAACAAAUAUCUUUGUACCAUAUUGGUAUUGCUCAGCUACUCGCUUAUAAACCCUUGACAGACUAGUGUACCGUAAUGCUGCCACACGAUGAAAGGCUGCCAAUAUUCUCAUUGUCCAUUUAAAAUGCAAGUUGCUCCUCUUUUUUCUUUCUUUUUUAAACAAUGGCCACAGGAGGGUCGGACAAAAUAUAUUGACAUCUUGAAGACUUGGAAGCUAUGACCUCCUGCAAUGCUGUUGAAUUGGACUUUUGUUUUGCCUUUGCUUACUUUCUCAGAUGUAGUGUUGAUAACCAGCCCUGACUUCCCUGCCCUCCACCCUCAGAUGUGUUUAUAAGCUGGUGUAUGUAUAUAUGUGUGUGUGUUUAUAUCCACACGGUAUAUGUAUACAUAUGCAGUACAUGUAAUGUGGGAUGCAAGACAUCUCCCCUAAAGGUAGUUUUGUUUCGGCCUCACUUUAGUCGUAGGCUAUAAAAGAAGAAGAAGAAGAAAAACACUGGUCACAGUCCAAUUCAGAUGAGGACCGCGAAGGUCUAGGGAAAGCAAACAUGUACUUCAUCAACACAUUCACAGCCUUGAUAAUGGCGAUAAUACGGAAUGAGACGCUUCAAUACAGACGGUCCUUUAAUUUCUUUUCUAUGUUAAUUAUCCUUCCCCCCGCACACGAGAUCAGCGCUGUCUAAUCACGUUCCGUGGAGCUCUGAAUGCAUGCGUCACCACACCAGCUAAUUGGCUAAUUGGCAUAGCAUUCUAACCAAUUAGGGAAGUCGGCAGGUGUUGUUAAGAUGUUGUGUGCUUGGUUGCCAUGUGAUAAGAUUUGCUCACGACUGGGCAAGAUGGGUUGAGUUGCAUACAAAAAAGUUUUUUUUUUUUUUUACUGAAUGUUAAAAUGGUGCUCCGUAGCGUCUCCCGAAUGGAUACAAAGAUAUAUAUUUAAAAAAAUGCCCAAAAAGGACUAGAGAAAACCUUGUAUGCCGUGAAGGCACAUGGACAUUACAUAGUAUGGACUGCAGUUAGUAUAAUUAUUAUUAACUUUGUGGUUAUUGGUUGUAAAUAAAGGAAUAAUUACUAGCCAAAUUUUAACUGUAUGUGUAAAUGUGUGCCUUAUUUAAUAUUGUAUGUGAUUAAUGACACGGAGCUAAAAAUGGCCACCACGCUAUAGAUGGUGUCUCAUUUUAUAUGGUUGUCAACGUGUCUAUUGUAUAUUUGAAGACUUUCAUUCCAAAACAAUAUAUUAAACAUUUGACAAAAAAAAGAAAAAAACAAUCCCAUCUUAAUUUUUAUAAAGUGAUCGCUGACGUCACUUUCUCACAGCAAGUUGUUCAUCAGUUAUUUUGAUCUUUUGGCGAACAGAUUAGUAAGAAUAAAAGUAACGUACUCUUAGGUGCUGUCUUUCACAUCAAAUAUCAGGUAUUAUUAAUUUCCCAUAGCGGAUAUUUUUGCGUUUUGGAAUGUAAUUCUUUACAUGUGUCCACAUCGCAAGUGUUUUCCUGCUUCCCAGGAUGCCAUCCUGAGGGGUAAGUGUGGGGAGGGUUUUGAACCCAUCCAUCUGGUUUCACCAAUUCACCGCUCAACGGGUUUCACCACUCGUGAUUGCCAUUGUAUCUUUGUUUUGGCCUCAUAGCGCUAGCUUCUGUUUAGGGUCUCUUUUUGUUCUUGAUUAAUAUCCAACUACAAAAAUUAUCAAAUAUACAACUUUUUUAUUGCAUGCUUGCUAAACUGAUUUGUUGUUUUUGGCUCCAAUCCUAAGAGAACAUGCUUUAAAAAAAAAAGAUUAUUUUUUUCAUCUGUUAGACAUAGAAGUUCGAAAAUACAUUAGGUUUUCUGUGUAGAAUUGCUAAAGAAAUUGUUUUGAGGACUUACAUGGCAUUUUGCAGUAUGAAUGAACAAGGACGCAAAUUCAGCAAUGCUCAACACCCAGAGUUACCAGCUCUGUGAAACUACAGUAAAUCAAAGUCAAAAUCGACGUGUGUUUAAAGAGUAUGCACACAUAACCCUAAAAUACCCCCCCCCCCCCCCCCCCCCGAUGAAUGGGUCAUCGUAUAUAGCGCUAGAGAGAAGAAAAAAGAUCUGGGGGAGUCACUAGUUCGCUAAACAUUCGUAGACGAGAUGCAUAUAAGGGUCAGUAGAGCCAGCCCAGGAAAUACAUCCUCUCUCAGAACUCUGCUGUCACAGUGUCGGGCAAAGUUAUUUUGGCCCUGGUGUGCUGAAAAUUUCAAUUACCGGAAAUCAACAAGACAGCAAUCUAUAAGGAACUGCAAUUGGGAGCCAUUGAUUGCUAUGUCCUGGGGCUAAAUUGACAAAGCACAUCAUUAACUAGUCAGUAAUUGAGAGGAAUAAAUAGCCCUUGAGACACUAGGACCUGGGCUGGGGUUGACUAAACCUAAGUUAGUGUGGAGUUACCAGACAAUUACAAGAGUAUAAAAAUGUCAGCCGAAUAACCCCAAUUUAAGACAGACCAUGAGAUUGCUAAAGAGAAGUUUUGGCAGCUAUCAGGCUUCAAUGUGUUUUUGUAUCAGUUGUCGAGUGAGAUUGUGUGGGGAAAGGGAAUGGAUCGAAACGAGGGAAAUCUGUAUUUGAUUUCUCCUGGCUUGAGUGUAAAUACAUGCCAUUGGGGUGGAGGAUCAGUGAUUCAGCAGUAUGUUUUUUUUGUAUGAUUUCUAGUCUACACCUUCUGAGCUACUGUGAAUCUGGACUCACAGAAAUAUCAUUGUAUGUCUCUUAUACUAGGAAUAAAUGACAAUAUAAUACAA